ACAGCGAAAAAUUCCGUAGCAUAUUUGCUCCUCCUCCUCGCAGCUGGACAGUGUGUAGUAGGUUGAUUAGAGUUGUGUUGCGCGCAUGUUCCCAAGCGCAGCUAUAAACCUGGGGAAGUACGUCGGCACUGCUGUGCAAUUUCUCCCGUGCAAAACAGCUGUCAUUUUGGCACACGCGGCCGAACGCCGAACGGUGUCCUGUUUUUGUUUUCGUUCCCUGUUCGCGGUUCGUGAUCCUGGUGAUGACCGACCGGUGUUUCGAGAUGUGUGAAGUGUCCCACGUCGAACUAUGAUUGCUGAUGUGUGAAAAGGCCCAGUACGCAUAGAUGUAGCGUGGCUUUGUGUGUGGUUUUGUUGUGUAACCGAUAGGUGAUAGUAUUUUGCUCAAUCAAAAGGGGGGGGGUUGUCUGUAAAUGUCGAAAUGUCCGCAGCGCAACCCGUGCCAACAUCCGACACCAACAAGAAGACGACAGAUGAAAUGAACGGUUCCAAAGAAUGGCAGGAAAUGCUGGAAACGGAAAAGGCCGGCCUGGUGGAGCGUGUGUACGAUCUCGAACGGCAAGUACUGGAGCACAAGGAUGAGAUCGUCUGUCUCAAGUCCACGCUGGCCGAUGUGUUGCGUCGGCUGGCCACGAUAGAUAACAGCUACGAGAACAGCACGAGCGGUAGUGGCCGUGGUGGAACGGGCACGCCUGCCGGUGGCGGUGGAAUGAGUACGGGUGGUGGAGGAGGAGGCGGAGUACAUCAUGCGGUCAGUGAUAACGUGUCCACCACUGUGCAGAAUAGUAGUUUAUCCAGCAAAAGUUUUCGCUUCUCCCGCAAUACCCUCACGAGGCUGAAUUCUACGGUGGAAGAAAAACGCUUCGGCCGGGUACCGUCCCGUGUGACCAGCUCACCGUCACGCGUGAAGCCGAACCUCGCGCAAAAGGCCAUCCACUACUCAAACGGUUCGCUACAUUCCGACUCGAUGAGCAGCCAUUCGAUCUCACCGGCACCGUCCCCAUCGCCAAGGCAACCGAAUGCGUCCGCAUCCGUCAAUUCGCACCAUGCACUGCUCGCGUCUUCCGGCAUGGGAAAACGGUGGUCCUCGACCGGGGAUUUCAUCAGCACGCCGGGCAGUCCGAGUGGCACCGGAAGCAGUGGAAGCAUGUCAAGGUUUUCGGCCAAAUCACUGCUGAAUCUCAGUGGCAAUUCUAGCCGCCAGGGCCAAUCGCAUCCGUACGUGCAGCGUAAAAACGACGAUGACGAGUACGUGAAGCUGUACAUCAGCGGGCGCCCGAUCGUCAUACACAUUCCCGAAGCACAACUGUCCACGUACGAGCUGACGAAGGUACAGCCGGCCCCAAAUAGACGCUUACGGCUCGAUUGGGCGUACGGAUACCGGGGCAAGGACUGCCGUUCGAAUCUGUACCAACUGCCCACCGGGGAAAUGGUGUACUUUGUCGCAGCCGUCGUCAUCCUGUACAACAUGGACGAACACACGCAGCGGCACUAUCUCGGCCAUACGGACGAUGUGAAAAGUUUGGCCGUACAUCCGAACAAGCUGCUCGUGGCUAGUGGACAGUGCGGUGGACAUGAAGGACGCGAAUCGUUACCUCACAUCCUGAUCUGGAAUUCGGUUUCGUUGGCCACGCUUAACAUGGUUGGGUGUGGAGAAUUUACCGGGUCGAUCAACUGUCUCUCGUUUAGCCGUGCGGACAGCGGCAACAUACUGGCCGCUAUUGACGAUUCGCCCGACAAGAUCAUAUCGAUAUGGGACUGGCAGAAGAAGGACGGUGGGCGGAAGAUCACCGAAACGAAGUGUUCCGUCGAUACGGUCGUUGCGGUCGAGUUUCAUCCGCUCGACAAGGGACAGAUCAUUACGAUCGGGAAGAAUCACAUCGCGUUCUGGUCGCUCGAUCAGAACGGCAUGCUGUACAAGCGGAUGGGUGUGUUCGAGAGCUUCGAAAAGCCGAAGUACGUGACGGCAAUCUCGUUCACGCAGACGGGUGACGUCGUGACCGGUGAUUCCAGUGGCAAUUUGGCUGUAUGGAAGCGUGGCACUAACGUUAUUAGUCGGUUUCUGAAGAAGGUGCACGAAGGUCCCGUGUUUACGAUUUGCGCGCUAAGGAAUGGUGGGUUCGUGACCGGCGGCAAGGACGGAUUGUUGCUGCUGUUCGACGAUGCACUGCACAUGAAGGCGGAACAGAUCGUAGAGGCACACUUCGGUGCGGUACGGGUGGUGGCACAGGGCAAAGGUUCCCAACUGCUGAUCGGCACGACGAAGAAUUGUAUCCUGUCCGGUGACUUUACGCUCAGCCUGGUACCGAUCGUGAUGGGUCAUACGGAUAUACUGUGGUCGCUGGCAACACACCCACAGGUGGCACAGUUCGUAACCGGUGGUAGAGACAGACUGUUGCAGUUGUGGGAUUCGCUGUCGCACUCGGUAGUGUGGAGCAAGGAUAUCGGUGAACCGAUACACUCGGUGCAGAUAGCGAACAACGGUGAUGUUAUUGUGGCGGGAGGCGUCGGUGGACGUUGGUCCGUGUUCGAUAUUGUGACGCGGGAACUGUUGGCGACGUACACCGACGGACAGGAGGUGAUACAGUGCCUGCAGUUCUCACCCGACGGGAAUCUGCUGGCAGUCGGUUCCAAAGACAACUGCAUCUACGUCUAUCAGUGCACGAAAGUGGCGCACCGAUUUUCCAAGAUUGGAAAAUGCACGGGUCACUCUAGUUUCAUAUCACAUCUCGACUGGUCAAAGGACAGCCAAAUUUUGCGGUCCAAUUCUGGCGAUUAUGAAAUAUUAUAUUGGAAUCCAACACUCUGCCGUCAAAUAACGAGCCAAAGCACGGUGAAGAACCUCGAAUGGGCCACCCAAAACUGUUCCGUAAGCUUCGAAACGAUUGGCAUUUGGCCGGAAAACUUUGACGGCACGGAUAUCAACAGUGUGUGCAAGGAUGGCGAGGAACAAUUCCUUGUCUGUGCCGAUGAUUUCGGCAAAAUUCGACUGUUUAGCUUUCCAGCAUCGCAGCCAAAGUCGCUAUCGCAUAGUUACAAGGGUCACAGCAGUCAUGUAACGUCGGUACAAUUCAUGCACGAUGGCGUGCGUCUUUUAUCGGCCGGUGGUAUGGACACGAGUGUAUUGCAAUGGAGAGUAGUGUAAGAGUCCGUGUGUUAGACAAACGCCUAAAUCGAGGGAGGUUUACAUUCCACCAAGCAUUUUCACACUCCCCCUGUACACGUUUUCGCAUUUCGCAUACAGCACCCCACGGGAAAUGUUGGCAAGUUGCGUUUGAGGGGUUUGCAGAAGAACAAAGUUUAUUUUAUUUUAUCUAGCACCGAUACUAACUUAUUAUUUUAUCACGAUUAGCAAAUAAGCGUAAACCGACGAAUAAAUUCAAAUUAAUCAUAUCGAA